UCUGGCUGGCCAGUUUUGCAUCAUCUGUCAAAAUUCAAAGAACACGAACUGAGUUUGUGAAAAAGUUUUCUGUCCAAGAAAAGUCGCAAAAAAAUUAUCCAAAAAUGAAAGCCAUCUACAACAGCCUAUUCAAGAGAAGUUCCACCUUUGCUAUCGCCAUCCUAGCGUCCACGUUCUUCUUUGAACGUUCCUUUGAUUUGGCUGCUGAAUCCAUCUUCAACAAUGCCAACCGUGGUAAACUCUGGAACGACAUCAAACACAAAUACGAAUAAUUUUUAAAUUAAUUGCAAUGUAAAUUUUAUUGGACUUAAAAUAAAAAAAACAAAGCUACUAAAGCUAA